AUGAUCACCAUGAAAUACCAGCUACCGCACUUCCUGCGGGAAUUCAUCCGCCUCUUCAUUAACCCCAUCACCUGGCUCGAUGUCUACUGGCCCGCCUGUCGCAAAUACUUCUUCUCCCUCCUCUUCAUCGGAGUCGUUUGCGCCAAAAUCCUCCAUCUCUACUCCCAUAUCACCUCCCUCACCCUCGGCCGCUUUCUCCUCUGGGGUCCGACCUUUGUUGUCCAAGAUGUCGCCUGUGUCCUGAUCGCUCAGCUCCUCUGUCAAAAAUUCCACAAUCGGUGGUACCGGGCGCUGGCCGCCCCUAUUAUGAUCUUUGCGAGUUUGAUGAUCUCCGGACUUGCCGCGGCCAACAUCUCCUUCUACGUCCAAACCGGUGCCGAAAUUCACUGGCGACAAGCCCACUCCUUCCACCGCGAUGCCGCCUCCGUGAAAACCCUCCUGACCGGUCUGGCCGGUAUUGUUAUCGGCCAGGUCGUAUUUACCGUGACCGCCUGGUUCGCUACUCCCUACGUGUAUAACUGGGUUCGGGCAGGUGUCCGUAUCCUGAGGGCCGCAGUCGAGCCCGCCUGUGUCUGCUGCAAGCGCCGAUCAAAGUCCACCGCCAAAACUUACGAACGGGUGGCAUAUGAUGAUUGGGAUGAGGAGAACGGCGAGUCCGAGGCCAUGCUCGGUCUCAAUGACCCAACGAAGCCUCUGCCUCCUCUCCCGGAAUCCUCACAGAGACGGAAGCCGGCCCUGCUGCUCCGAAUUAUCGUCGGUGUGGCAUUCUUGUUCCUCGUCUUGCUCCGCAUCGCUCGCCCUUCAGAGACCGCCUAUACUUUCCUCUCGCAAACCGUCAUCAUUACGCCAUUCGAGAAAAUUGAGCGAAACCAGACCUCCACUGUCGAUGUACCCGAUUUGCCAGGUGAUUGGAGCUGGCUGUUCAACCACACUGCACUGGGUGAACCUCCUAAAUUUGACUGGCUGCCGGAGAAGAAACUCAAGGGAUUCCGGGAUUGGUAUGCCAGCAAGGACGGCAAGAAACACCUCCACUACGACCCAGCCAAGGAUCCGCUGAAGAUCUCCAACCUCGACAAUGAGAUUCUCGAGCCGCUUCGCGAGGCCCUUAAGGAGGACGUAAAGAUCAAGCACGUCUUUCUGUUCAAGCUGGAGAGUACCCGGGCAGAUAUGUUUCCCCUUCGCAAAGAUUCCUACGUGGGUGAGCUCAUUCAGAAGUCAUAUGGUGGGGAGAUUCCGCAAGAAGUCGAGGAGCGACUGGCCAACUUGACCCGCAAUGCGCAGCGAUAUACCAACACUCCCUCUGGUUUCAAUGGCGAGGACAAGGUUAACCCGUACGGAGGUAUGUUUAUGCGCAAUGCGUACACAGGUGGCACGUUCACUCUGAAGAGUAUCACAGCCAGUGUAUGCGGUGUUGCACCUGUGGUAGCCGAUUUCAACAAAGAAUAUGAGCACAACAUAUAUAAUCCGUGUUUGCCACAAGUCUUGACUGCUUUGAGCCACAUGGACAACCGAACCCACCACAACCACACCAAAGCGGAUGAUUUCACCACCUGGCCAUGGCACUCGACCUUCAUGCAGAGUAUCACCGACGACUACGAUAACCAGGAUAAGCUCAUCCCCGUGCUCGGCUUCAAGGAUAAGGUCACCGACGCGAAGAUCACCGAGGACUAUAAGCACUCGAAUAAGACUGCCCCAGAAAAGUACAACUUCUGGGGCUACCCUGAGCACGAACUCCGCGACUACUUCCUCCAUGCUCUCAAGCAUGCCGAAAAGAAGCACGAACGUCUUUUCAUCACCCACUUGACCGGUCAGACCCACCAUCCCUGGGAUAUGCCCGUUGGCGAAGAGUACGAAGAGCAUAUCCACUCUAGUCUGUUCAACCACAACGGCAAGUACAACAAAUACCUCAACACUAUCGGUAUCGCCGACAGGUGGCUGGGUGAAGUCGCCGAGGUUCUGGAAGAAGCCGGCGUGGCCGAUGAAACUCUCGUCGUGAUGGUCGGUGACCACGGCAUCAGUCUUUUUGAAAAUCAAGGAAUUACGCCGUAUGAUGGGCCGCACGUGGCGAACUUCCAUGUUGGAUUAGUCUUCGCCCACCCCAAGCUCCCGCCCAUCAGCAUCGACUCCCGCGUCACCUCGAUGCAGAUUGUGCCUACUAUCAUGGAUCUGCUUGCAGAGUCUGGCUCCCUGGGCAAGGACCAGGCAAAGGCCAUGCAGGAAAUUCUGCCUUUGUACGAAGGACAAUCCAUGAUUCGUGAAACGAUCCCCUCAAAGGAUGGUAAGCGAGACUGGCAGUUCACAGUUAUGAACACUGGUGCCACCUGGCUGGCCGUGCGAUCAGCUGACGCGCCUUAUCGUGUCGUGAUCCCGCUUGUUCCUGACGUCGAGUGGCGAUUCACCAAUGUCGAAACUGAUCCCCAGGAGCUGAAAGUCCUGGGGUCUUUCGAAUUGUUGCCUUUACUCUUCCAAGUUGCCCGAGACCACAAUGAUGAGGCCGUCGAGUGGGUCAAGGAGGCAGCCCAAGUUACCAAGUGGUGGGUCGGUGAGAACUGGCGUCGCUAUGAAUAUGAGCCCGAAUCCGACUCUUGA